CUUCCCUCAACCUUUCACCCUUCCAAACCCACUCCCCUUUUUCUUCCUCCUUCCAUUUUCUAUUCCAUUCUAAUUCUUCCAUUAUAAUUUUCAUUCAUUCUCUUCAACCCCUUCUAAUUCUUUCAAAAUCAAAAAUGGCAGUGGAACUCAUGGGGUUCCCAAAAUUAGAUGAACAAAAGGCUAUACAAGAGGCUGCAUCAGAAGGUCUCAAAGGCAUGGAACACCUGAUCCUAACCCUUUCUCAUCAACCAACUCAAUUGAACACUCAACUCACCGACCUCACCGUUUCAAAAUUCAAAAAAUUCAUUUCCUUGCUAAACCGAACCGGUCACGCUCGGUUCAGACGAGCCCCGGUUCACUUCUCAACAUCACCGGUUCGACCUCAAACUCCACCGGUUCAAUCAACACCUUCAACCUCUUCACUUCCCCCGCCUCAAGUUCAAUCAUCGGCCAUCUCGUUACCGCCGCACUUUCCUUCUCCGUCGUCGGCUCCGGUUACAAAUCGCCACGCGCCGGCGAACUUCGUCCAACCGCAAUCACAUAGCCUCACGCUUGAUUUCACGAAGCCAAACGACGUCGUUUUGAACAAACCCAUGGUUGAACUUGAAUUCUCGAAGGAAACAGCAACGUUUAGCGUUUCUUCGAAUUCGUCGUUCAUGUCCUCCGCCAUCACCGGCGACGGCAGCGUUUCCAACGGGAAACAAGGUUCCUCGAUUUUCUUAACUCCGGUGGCAGUAGCCUCGACAGCACCGACAAUCUCCGGCGGAAAACCGCCACUGUCGUCGGCUCCGUCUAAGAAAAGGUGCCACGAUCACGGUGAUCACUCCGACGACGUUUCAGGCACAAAUAAGUGCCACUGUGUCAAGAGAAGGAAAAAUAGGGUAAAGAGGACAGUAAGAGUGCCGGCGAUAAGUUCAAAGACCGCCGAUAUACCACCGGACGAGUACUCGUGGCGAAAAUACGGUCAAAAACCGAUCAAAGGUUCACCGUACCCGCGAGGUUAUUAUAAGUGUAGCACAGUGAGAGGGUGCCCAGCGAGGAAACACGUGGAGCGUGCACCAGAUGAUCCAGCGAUGCUGAUCGUAACUUACGAAGGGGAACACAGACACGCGAUUCAGGCUGCGAUGCAGGAGAACGCAGCCGGGGUUGUGGGUUUGGUAUUCGAGUCAACGUAAAAGAAGGAAUUAAAAUUAAAAAAAAAAAUGAAGAAAGUGGGGAGUGGAUGACUUUUCUUUAAAUUAAAAAAAGAAUUUUUUUUGUUAGAAGAAUAUGAGUGGGAAGUUAAGGUGGGAAUGCGUUGUAAAUUUGUUUUAUUAUAUUUAAUAUAUUUUAAUAUAGAGAGAUGGAAAAUAUGAAUAUGAAGUUUUUUAUAUUCUAUUUACUCACGAUAGUCGUUGCCAACCAUUAUUAAUUUUAUUUAUUUUAUGACUUUUUGUUGGGAAGAGGUGGUAUCCAAGGCAGGGUUUCAUGAUUAUAAAUAAAGUAAUAAUUGAGGUAA